AUGGCUUGCCAGACCUACAGCUUGUGUGUCCUGGCUGUCCUCAUGAUCUGCUCUGGAUGGUUUGCAAACAGCUUAAAGCUUCCUCAGCUCCAGAUGGAGAUAGACAAACUGAAAGCUGACUUUAACUCAAGCAACUCGGAUGUAGCUGAUGGUGGACCUAUCUUCACAGACAAGCUGGCAAGUUGGACAGAGAGGAAUGAGAAAAGGAUCAUUCUGAGCCAGAUUCUUUCCAUGUACUUGAAAAUGCUGGAGAGCACUGACAAGUCAAAGGCGCACGUCAAGCACAUCUCUGAGGAGCUCUACACUCUGAAAAGCAGCCUUACUGAUGGCUCAAAGAAGAUGAAAGACCUCAUGGACCUGGAAAAGAUUCAGAUGAGCGACUUGAAAGUCCAGCGCAAAGCUGUGAAUGAGCUGUUCAGCGUCUUGCAAAAGCUGACAGACUCCUCGAGCUCUCCCAAAACGAAACGGAGCCAGUUUCAGAGGAGGUGCAGAUGCUGA